UUUUUUUACGUAGUGAUGUGUUCAAAUGAAUGUUCAUAUGCUUGCACUGAAGAGUAUUUUGAGAUGCGUCAGGUGUUUCGAUGCUAUUUAAUAUAUUUCCAUAAAUUUUAAUACCAAUUUUAAGCUUACAUUACAAUUUAAAUAACUCAAUAUAUUCACAACCAGAUACCUAAAGUCACAAUUUUACCUAACCGAGACCUCUCAGAUUUUAGUAGCAGAAUUUUAUUUUAAUAAUUAUUAUUCUUUCCCGUACAUGGCUAAAAUUACACGACUAUGCUUACAGGUGACACGUGGUUUGUUUUCAUUUUCUUCAGGUGACUGCAUUUGUCGUGAUGGCAUCAAAAGAUCCUGCAUAUGAGAUUAUUAGAACCAACAAAGUGAAUCUGCAGAAAUACCUCCAGGCGAAGUCUUCAGAAGUGCUUGACUAUUCCUAUCAAACAAAGAUAGUCCUGGACAGUGAAUAUGCGUCCCUUAAAAGCGAGAAUGACCCCAUUGUACGAACACGGCACCUGGUUGACCUGGUGCUCGACAAAGGAGAACAUGUGUGCAUGAGAUUCCUUGAAGCCGUGCUGGUGCCGCUGAGAUCCGAGAUCCCUCUCUUGGAUCAGUGGAUAUCACAGCAUGAGCAGCAGCUCAACGUGAUGGGUAUCGAUCUGAGCAGAACUGCGGGUAAAGCCAUCCCUGGAGCAGCUUCUCGCCAAACAAACAAGACAACUGGUUGGAACAUUUCCGUCAUGAUAAAAAAUAUAUUUUACAAAGAUAACCCUGGUGAGGAUUACAGAGAAUUCUUGCUGAAGCUGACAUCAUUAACACGAGACUACGACGCACGACCUGGAGAACCUGCAGUGUUUUUGUCAGAGAGGAUGGUGAAGCCAAUUCUGGUUCCCUACUACCGCCAUCAAGAAACCAAGGAGCACGAGUUACUAGCGAGAGGCAAGCAGCACGAGGAGCUGAUGAAGAGAGCACAGAGAGAAGGGAUGACUUACAAUAAUCUCUUUGAUCCCGUUGGAAAAAAAAAACACCCCCGACUGGUUAUUGUGGUGGGGACUCCAGGCAGCGGUAAAACCAUGUUGAGCAAUUUCAUUGUGCACAGCCUUCUGUCAGGUGAGAGAGUGUUUGCACAAUGCUUUGAGCACAUUGUGCUCAUAAGGUUCAGGGAGAUAAAUGAUGUUGGAGAGGUGUCACUCGCAGAGCUGUUUUCUGUGCUGCACUCAUGUUUGGGAAACAAAGCGGAUGAGGUUUUCACAAACCAAGAGAGAACCAUUUUAGUUAUGGAUGGGUUGGACGAGUUUGGAAAGCGCCUUCACUAUGCCAAUGCUUGCACUGAUCCACAUAAGACGGCAACAGUAGAAGCCAUCAUUGCUGCCCUAGUGAAUGGAAAUCUCUUGCCCAAGGCCUCGGUCUUUAUAACGACCAGACCCAUUGCCAUGGAGCAGAUGAGUGAAGUGAAUGUUGAUCGAGCUGUUGAAAUCACUGGGUUUUCCAACAAAGAUAAAAUAGCAUUCUUUAACAAAUUUUACCAAGAUAGGAGUCUAGCAGAAAGGGCACUCAAGCUCCUGCAGGAAAAUGAAACAGUGAAUACAUUGUCCCAGAACCCUUCAUUCUGCCAUAUAGCAGCCAUUACACUGAAGGAACAUUUACAGAAGUCUGAUCAUUCUGAGAUUAUCCUCAAAUCAAUGACCGACCUCUUCACACAAUACGUGUUUGGGCUCAUAGUACACCAUGGACGUGGCAGCCGCGGAGCCAAGGAAAUCGUAUCGUCUCUUGCCAAUAUGGCUCUGAAGGGGGUUCAGCAAAACAUCCAGAUGUUCAGCCAAAAAGAUCUAGAAGAGUGUUUUGUUAGUUCUUCUGAACUAGGAAGUACAUUUAUCAACAAAGUGUUCACAUGUGAGGGCAUUCAACAAGGGAGUUGUUAUUCAUUUUCACACUUGACAAUGCAAGAAUUAUUUGCAGCGAUAGCUGUGCAUCUGUCACAUUCAACACGGCCAGUGAGUGACGUCAUCAAAGCUAUUGAGGACAGCAAAGAUGGGAGGUUUGAUGUGUUUCAGAGGUUUUUUUGUGGACUCGCAUCAAGCACUCCAUGGAAGUUAUUUGAGGGUAUCUUGGAUCCUCCAUCUGCAGAUUAUCAAAAGGAAAUAAUCGAGUGGCUCAAUCGCAGCAUGAAGACUCAGAAGGUUGACAAACACAGGCUCAUCAGUCUCCUGCACUGCGUGCACGAGCUGCAAGACCGCAAGUCCCUGAGUGAUGCCACUCGGUCCAUGACUGAUAUAGACCUGUCACUCACAAGGCUGUCCCUGCCAGACUGCGCUGCCAUCUCCUGGAUCCUGCUGCAGCGAGAAGAACCUGUGGAGACACUCAACCUGUUAGGCUGCGGCAUCGGCACCGAGGAAAUGAAGAGGCUUCAGACUGGACUGCACAGAUGUAAAGAGCUAUGGCUGGGUCACAACAAGAUCGGAGACAGCGGCCUCCAGCUUAUAGCGGACGUGAUGUUGGUGAGAGAAGGGAGUUUGAAGUGGUUAGACCUGCGUCAAUGCUCACUGACGGACAAGUCGGGUUCCUCUCUCAGUGUCAUCCUCAAGGCCAACACAGGUUUGAAGUUUCUCAGGCUGAGUCUCAACGUGAUCGGAGACAGCGGCCUCCGACUUUUAGCGGACGUGAUGUUGGGGAGAGAAGGGAGUUUGAAAUGGUUACAUCUGCAGCGGUGCUCACUAACGGACAAAUCGAUCCCAGCUCUUCAUGACAUCAUGAUCACCAACAAAGCAUUGAGGACACUCAUGGUGGGUGGCAAUGACUUCAGUAAGGAGGGGAAGCAGGAGCUGAGGAGCAAAUGGACUCCCAGAGGAGGCCUGCGUUUGUAGAUUUAAGCGGAGAGGCGACGCUGGCGCUGCAACAGACGGAGCUGCCCCACGCGCAACUCGCACAGCAGACAGGUGCAUUUCACCUUAACAGCACUGAUCACCGGCACCGACUCGGAGCCUGACUGAGACGACAAUGAGCGGGGAGCUCUCUCUGUGAACCCCACACAAAGCCAAGGGUGAACGCGGCUCCAAGAUUCUGAUAAGCGUGGUGAUUCCGAUGAUGUGUAACUGUAUUUAUGAAUGAGGUGUAGGGAAGCAAUGUUGGGGGUAGUGGGGGAGGGGUGGCAGGGGGAAUGCGGAGGGUUGCGGGGCAGGGGGUGAUUUUCAAUGCUCUGGCAGCUCACCUGUUACGUCACGUAGCUACAACAUUUUCAUAAAUUGUGCAUUUGUCACAAUGCCAUACACACCAUACAAAUCGUACACCUGAUAUUUUUUUGCUUAUAACUUGCCCAUUGCUUUCAUCUUCAUUCU